AUGUAUAAAUACAAUAAGGCACCUUCGACGAUGAUUUCGAUGGGGGAGAGGGAGGAGCAGGAGGAGCAGGAGGAGAAGGAGGAGAAGGAGGAGAAGGAGGAGAAGGAGAAGGAGGAAGAUGGGCCUCUGCUCAGGAUAUAUAGUUUGGGACAUUCCUGUCUAUACCCUUUCUCGAGGAAGAGAAAGAGGGUCGUGGGCCAUUGGUAG